UCUUCGCGUCGGGCCCGUCAAACGCACCUGCGAUCGUCGCGAACGCGGUCGUGUGUGCUCUCGCAUUUCACCGCGCACACGACGCGAACUUUUAUCGCAACACGCGAGUCACGCGCAUCGCGAAAUUUUAUCAAAAUUAUUACCGCAAUGACACUCUCGUGAACAUUCGCAUAGCCUUCUUAAAAUGCGUUAAUUAACUUUGUUUAAUAUGUAAAUCAGCAAGAAAAACUGUUACUUGUGUGUAAGUUACAUUAAAAGUUCUUUCAAAUAAAAACAAGUUGGGAUUGAAUGUGAUCGUGAUCAGUGAGGAUUUUGCGGAUUCAAAAUGGCUUCGAUUAUGUGUAGCAAGGAACAAAUAAACGAUAUUAUGGAUAAAAUGCACAAGGGCUUUCCAAAGUGCAGCUUAAAAUUGCCAGCGUGGGAUAAUUUAACCAACGCGCUGCCUCGAUUACACAUCCCGGCCAUGCCGGCCGUGCGCUCACGGCGCGGCUGGUGCGGCUGCCUACAAGAUGACGAACCUCCUGAAAUUACCUAUUGCGUGGUGGAGAACUCUGGGACUCUGCAAGCCAUCACUCCAACACAGCCAAUGCCACCGCAGGAUGAACUGGAUGCAAAAUUUGCGGAACUUGUCGAGGAACUUGAUUUAACAGCCCCAAACAAAGCUGCAAUGCUCAGCCUACCUUCGGAGAAAAAAUGGCAGAUCUAUUGCUCAAGAAAGGGCGGCGAGGACAGCGUCGACUUGGCUCAAGGACCCGAACAUUACAUAGAAAGACUGCAGACAUUAGCCACUUUGGAAUAUCCAGAAUUAAACACCGAAGAAGAAAUCCGUACUCGAACGAAACAAAUCGACGGUCUGAAGACAGCUCUGCGCACGUCUACACACAGUUUUGUAAUCAAAUUCAUUGAAUUGGAUGGCCUCCCGGUGCUUUUGGACUUUUUGGAGAAAAUGGAUUACUUUGCCGCGCAGAGUUCACUUCAUACGAGUAUUAUUGGUUGUGUCAAAGCUCUCAUGAACAAUUCUACUGGGCGGGCGCAUGUCUUGGCACAUCCAACAAGCAUCAAUACAAUUGCUCAAUCUCUGAGCACAGAAAACAUCAAAACAAAAAUUGCGGCGUUGGAAAUUCUCGGCGCUGUUUGUUUGGUGUCUGGUGGGCAUAAGAAGGUCCUGGAUGCUAUGUUGCACUAUCAGAAAUAUGCAUUUGAACGAACGCGAUUCCAAGGCAUCAUUAAUGAUCUGGAUAAAUCUACGGGAGUUUAUCGAGAUGAAGUCAACUUGAAAACUGCGAUUAUGUCUUUCAUCAAUGCUGUCUUAAGCUAUGGCCAAGGACAGGAAAAUCUGGAAUUUCGUUUGCAUUUACGUUAUGAGUUUCUUAUGCUUGGUAUACAACCGAUUAUUGAUAAACUCAAACGUCAUGAAAAUGAAAAUUUAGAUCGUCAUUUGGACUUUUUUGAAAUGGUCCGCAAUGACGAUGAAAAGGAGUUGGCUAAAAAGUUUGACCAGGAGCAUAUUGAUACCAAAAGUGCGUCUGCUAUGUUUGAUUUGAUCAGACGGAAAUUAAGUCAUACUCCAGCUUAUCCACAUCUCUUAUCUCUACUGACACAUUGUUUGCAUUUAUCUGGUGGUUGUGAUGGACAGUACUGGAUGUUAUUCGAUAGAAUUGUCCAACAGAUUGUUCUUCAACAGAAUGAAAUCGUAGAGGGCAAACGAAAAGUGGCAGAUCCUGAUGUCUCUCCCAUACAGAUUAAUGUUAAGGAGAUUGUGCAUUUGUUAGCAAAAGAGGAAGAGCUUGUUGCAGCUCGAAAGAAAGCCGAUGAGCUUGAGAAAGAAAAUACUGACAUGUCUGUUCGGCUUGCUAAGAAGGAACAGGAGCUGGAUCAAAGAACUCAGGAGAAGGAAGAUUUUGAAACGAGUCUGCUACGAAUUAAAGAGCGUUUGGAGAAGGAAACAUCCACGCAUAUUGAAACCAGGCAGAGAUUGUCUGAAAUUGAAUAUAGAGCUGCCGAAUUGGAACGUCAGGUGAAUUGUGAGCGCGGGGAGAGACACCGUUUGGAACGUCUUGUUAGUUCAGGCAAUAUCCCAGAUGAUGCCAAGGUGAUUGGAUUGAAAGGACUGGAAGCUAAUGGGGAUAUCAAAAGUGAUUUUAAGUCAGCACCACCUCCACCACCACCACUGGCGCCUCCACCACCUCCAGCUCCAGGUCCACCUCCACCACCAUGUGCACCAAUGGCCCCACCAGCACCUCUCAGAAUGGAGAUGCCUAAAAAGAACGUACCCCAACCUGGUAAUCCAUUAAAAUCGUUCAAUUGGUCAAAGUUACCAGAUGCCAAGGUAAAUGGCACAAUUUGGAGUGAGCUAGAUGACACUAAGCUUUACAAUGCGAUGGAGUUGGACAAUAUUGAUAAACUGUUUUGUGCUUAUCAAAAGAAUGGAGUUGCUAAUGAAGGUUCUAUUGAAGACCUCCGCCAGUUAGGCUCGACCAAAAAGACAAAGGUCCUAUCGGUGAUUGAUGGGCGACGAGCACAGAACUGCACUAUUCUUUUGUCUAAGCUCAAGAUGUCGGACGAGGAUAUUACCAAAGCUAUUCUAAGUAUGGACAGCAAGGAGCAGCUGCCCAUGGAUAUGGUGGAGCAACUUUUGAAGUUUACUCCAUCGCCUGAAGAGGCUGCUUUAUUGGAGGAGCAUAGUGAUGAAAUCGAUUCAUUAGCACGUGCAGAUCGAUUCCUGUAUGAAAUUUCAAAGGUGCCUCAUUAUGAACAACGCUUACGAAGUCUGCACUACAAGAAACGCUUCUUGAUCAAUGUCAACGAAUUGAUUCCACGGAUUGGAAAUGUGAUGGAAGCCUCAAGGGAAGUAUCCCGAUCCAGGCGGUUGAGAAGACUGCUGGAGAUUGUGUUGGCGCUUGGAAAUUACAUGAAUCGCGCUCGAGGCAACGCUUCCGGUUUUAGGUUGGCAUCACUAAACCGUUUAGCUGAUACAAAGUCUAGUGCAGCAAAGGGGACUACUUUGUUGCAUUAUUUAGUACAAAUUUUGGAGAAGAAAUUUAAAGACAUUCUAAGAAUGGAUGAAGAUCUACCACAUGUUCGUGAUGCUGCCAAAGUGUCCCUUGGCGAAUUGAACAAAGACAUGGCGCAGCUACGCGCUGGAUUGAAGGAUGUAGCCAAAGAAAUCGAAUUCCAUCGCGCCCAAAGCCCGGUGGCCAAUGACAAGUUUGUCCCGGUUAUGCGCGAGUUCCAAGCGACUGCCACUUGUAGAUUGGCGGAAAUUGAAGAUCAAUAUCAAGAUAUGAAGACACGCUUUGAACGUGCUGUGCGUCUGUUUGGUGAAGACCCAAGCCAAAUUCAACCUGACGAAUUCUUCGGGAUCUUUGACAGUUUCCUCACCACCUUCCAGGAGGCGCGUCAAGACAACGAAAAUAUGCGUAAGCGUCAAGAGGAGGAAGAAAAGCGUGCCAAACAAGAAGCAGAUCUGAAGAAACUCACCCUUGAACGCAAACACAGUCGAGAAGGCAUUCUCUCAACAAUCAGCAAAACAAUAGGUCUGAAGAAUUCUUCGAAUGGUGAGAGCAACGACGCCAAAGGAGAGUUCGAUGAUUUGAUCUCGGCGUUAAGAACUGGAGAUGUAUUUGGCGAGGACAUGGCUAAAUUCAAACGAUCGAGGAAGAAUAAAAUAGCCGCCGGAAACUCACCCCCGCGAAGAAAUUCGGUAAAUCGUGAUGAUAGUCGCGAGCGUGUUAUUUCAAACGGUAAUCGACGUCAGUAAAGCUUUCAUUAUGAAUGUCUGUGUACGAUUGAGUGAUGCAUUUGCUCAUAUUUACAAACAACGGCUUUUUAGAAACAUUUUAAACGUAGCAACAAUUACUUAACGAUUAAUAAUCAACAUUAUUAGGAUGUCGAGCAUGAUAGCGACGAUGUAUCAAGCCAUAUUAAUUGGAUAAUCGGAUGUACUGAUUUUACGUAAAGAGUUUAAAUUUAACGCAUAGUAAUAUAUUAAAAAGUGGAUCAACAUGAUAUGAAACGAAGGCAAAAAUUAAUGUUUUGUAUAAAAUAUUUUGAAAAAAGCAAACGAACUUUUAGUUUCGUACAACUCAAACACAUGUACAAUUAAGUAUUUUUUUCGGUAUUUUCUAUAUGAUAUCGGACCAAUAUUUCUACAAAUAUUGUACAAUUUGGCGACAAAAAUGAACUUGUGGUCAGUUUGUUUUAUUUUGUAAUUACUUUCAUUUCUGAUCCGUUAGUCAUGGAGUACUCAAUAUGUACUCAAAGUGCAGCGGUGACAUUGUAUAAAUUUUAUUGUUAUUUUGUUUAAACUUGAAUUUGUACGUACAACUUAUGAUUAUUAAUUUAUAUCGAUUUGUAACAGACUUUAAAUGAUACUGUGGAUACGUUAGGUAGCGAGAAGAACGACGAGGCAUCUCAAUUAUUAAUCACAGAUUCCGUGUUGCUAACUCAUUUUUAUUUGCGUUUUCCAACAUUUUAUUACCGGCAAAACACCAGUAGAUGAUAUCCUGACGACUGUGAACGCUGUGGACCACAGUCCUUGACAGUGGGAGCAGUGAUGACAAUUUGUAUGUUUGUAUAACGUAGAAAACAAACGAGUAGUAGAUAAAUGUUACAGUUUUUAUUAUUAUUACGAUGAUGAAUUAUUAAAUGAUUAUUAUUGAAA